CUAAACUCCUAAACUCCGCGGAACACUGCAUAGGAAUAAAAGAAGUUUAAAGAGUUUCGUAUUAUAUUUCUCAUAUUUUUUUGGUGUUAGUUUGGAAGUUGUGGUGUUGAGAUUCGGGAGUUUUACUGCAAUAAUUGAUAAUAGGAUUUGAACAAUGAAAUGGAUCGCAUCGACACUGUUCGUGAUUAUGUUCACACUCGGUUACUAUACGAGAUUAGUGGCCGGCUUUCGUCUAGCUCUCAGCCAACCUGAAGAUCUCUAUGGUUCUUCCUAUUUAGAUCGAAAUGUCCUCAGAGAUUACCGGUACCAAAUAAAGCAAAGAAAACUAGAAGACGAACAAUUGGACGAAACCAUCAGAGCCUUAAGCACGCUUCUAAUUAUUCCUUGGCCCAAUGGAGAAAGCCCCUUUAUCUACAUUGAAAAUCCAAAGAAACCUCUUGAUCUAGAAAGUCCAAAGUUUAUCGAGGAAGAGGAAGCUGAGGUGGAUAGAGUCGACGGUAACGAAAUUAAUCCUGUUCCCUCUAAGAGAAUGAGAUAUUAUAGGAAAUAUCCUUGGAAGAGAGAACAUUUGGGGUACGAUCCAGAGAAUCCGUUUGUAUGCUAUCCAUCAAAACCCGAGAUUCACAAUUUAAUAAUGGCUCUGUACAACACCCGUUAUAAUGGAUCCAAAAACCCGCCUAUCAACUUUUGCAGCAGAAAACGACCAGCCCACACAAUUUUAACAAACAUGCAUUACGGUGGAAGAUAAAUUUCACCUAUUAUUAUUUUUUAAAUAUAGAUAAUAUUCAAGAAAGCAAAUAAAAAUAAAAUAAUAGAGUUGCGGUAAAAAUAUUGAAAAAAGAUGUAUGAUAAUUUAUAAUUUUAAAAAUAAAGUUACUAAAAUUGUUUUUAAGAGCAAAAACGAAAACUGAUGUUAAAGAAAAAUAUGUUAAAAUUAAUUGAGAUACUAAAUAAGUG